UUAAACUUGUUUACCUCUGUCACGUUCAGUCCGGAGACAGAGACCGACAGGUCAGACAGAUAAAGUCCACGAUCUUUUCAAAAUGGCAGCUGGAAUGAAAAUAUGCACCUUCGUUGUAAAUGUUUUGGCCACGCCGCUUCAUGUUAUUUACGCACUGGGUUUGUUCGGGUUGUACAAACGUCUUUUACCUAUUUGCCUGUACAGAAUGACCAGAAUUUACAACAAGAGACUGCAUGACACCAAGAAAGAAUUGUUUAGCAGAAUCUCCCAGUUCAAGACGCCUGGGAAGCAGUUAACCCUUCUGGAAAUAGGAUGCGGGACUGGGGCAAAUUUUCAGUUUUUCCCUCCUGCAUGCAAAGUGAUCUGCACGGAUCCCAAUCCAUUUUUUGAGAAAUAUUUGGCCAGCGCCAUGGCGGAAAAUGUCCACCUGUCAUAUGAACGAUUCGCAGUGGCAUCAGGGGAGGAUCUGGGGUUGAUCGAGGACGAAUCUGUGGACGUGGUGGUCUGCUCUUUGGUCCUCUGCUCCGUCAGGGACACCCCACAGACCCUGAGAGAGGUGUUACGUGUGCUCAGGCCUGGUGGGGCGUUCUUCUUCCUGGAGCAUGUGGUUUCAGACAAAGAGAGCUCCUGGACAUACUUCUGCCAGCACGUUUUGCAGCCAUUUUGGUUCUACUUUGGCGAUGGCUGUGAGAUGACCCGGGCCACGUGGAAACCGCUCCAGAACGCCGGCUUCUCCGAGCUCAACCUGGAACACAUUCAAGCUCCGUUAAUGUUUCUCAUCAAGCCUCACAUCAGAGGCUACGCUGUGAAAUAGAUUAGAACAGAUAGAAUUUCAGAUCACAAUGCAACAUCUAUUCAUGAGUAAAUAAAGGUUCACUGUGUAACUUUUCUGGUGGAGGGUCUGGCACCAGAGUAGGGCUCGGUGAUAUGCUGCCAUUUAAGAAAUUGUAAACCGCUUGAAAUCACUUUUUUAUAGAGAUCUACGGAAGCCGAGAGGGGUCACAACAAACGCACACGCCGCAACAAAUACAAAUGCGACAACCCAACAAAAAGCCACAACAACCCAAAAAAAGCCACAACGGAAAUGACAGUGGGACUUUGUUUUAAUGCAAACGCCGCAACAAAUACAAACGCCACAACACAAACGCAAAUGCCGCAACACAUUAAAAAGCCACAACACAUCAAAAAGCCACAACAGAAGUGACCGUGGGACUCUAUUUUCCGACCGAUGAAGCGGCAAGUGAAGAAGAAGAACUACAACGUGAAACGAAUAAUGAUAAAACAAUAAAUUACUUUUACUUACUUUUCCAACUUCUCUGUUCCUUUACUUUUCACGUUGUAGUUCUUCUUCUUCACUUGCCACUUGAUCGGUCAGUCGGAAAAUAGAGUCCCUUGGUCAUUUCCGUUGUGGCUUUUUUUUGGUUUGUUUUGGCUUUUUGUUGUGUUGUCACAUUUGUGUUUGUUGCGGCGUUUGUUGUGACCCCUCUCUGCUUCCAUAGACAUCUAAUGUAAACGCACAAUAAUCUGGGUCACCUCUGCACAGAUCUGACCUGUAACUUGGUUUGGUCUCCAUAAAGAUAGGAAGGUUUAAUGCCAUACUGUGAAACAUUCCAGACAAAGCAAUAACCUGUCCAUGGAGAAAAGCGUUUGAAGGGCCCUCCACCAGAAAAGUUACACAAUAUUCUUUUAAGUUUAAUAAAUGCCAACCUAAAAGUACCAAGGAAUAGGCCUCUCUUCCCAAAUGAGCAAUAUCUAACACGUUUAAUAUAAUGAGCUUGCUUCACUGGUGUGGUUGAAUUCACUAUACCAUGCACAAAUAUUUGCUUGCACUAUUAAGAGAAUAGAUUACGAAUAUAGUGAUAUUUCUUUUAUUUUGUAUCAAAGCGUAUUUUUGUAUAAAAUAAUCGACAUGGGCCAGCGCUAAAUCUAUUUAACACUUUGCAUCCUGUGUUAUCUGUUAGGGACGGGACAAGAACUCGUCCCACAAGAUCGUGCCUACAAGAGAAAAAAGAUCUCGUGAGAUUGUUUCCCCUUGAAUUUACUUUUGGCUUGGACAGAAAAGAGUUAAGAGCUGGUGAGUUACACAAUUUGAGAAGCUGUAGUUUCAAAAAUCAGCACUCCAAUGAUCUCUGAAGUAUUAAAGUAAAGUAAAGUAAAUGAAACCAACUUUGUGAACUGGACUGCACUACUGUUUUAUUAUAAAUUAUGUCAAAAUUUCAUCGACUCAUCUCGUGAAAAUUGUGUGUCAUCUCAUUUCUGUUAUCUGUAUUCUGCAAAGCCACUUCUCAAUAUUUCUAAUGCUUGUUUGUGACAAUGUUAUAACUGAUUUUCAGUCUGAUUUUGGUGAGAUUUAAUUAAAAGGUAUAAUGCCCA